AUGGUCAGCCGCGAGCCCCUUCCCGUCCCGGCCCCCACCAGCGAGGGCGGCCAGGAGAAAGCCAUGACGGUGCGCUCAGUGCUGCUCAAUCGUGACUCUCCCGACAUCGAGAGCCGCCUCAAACGCCGGCGCAACCGCACGCAGCAGGUCCGCUUCAAGGACCUGGUGGAGGGCGGCGUGGGGCAGGCAGCCAGCCCCACCCCAGGGCCCCCGGCCGCCCCUGGCCCCAACACCCCACGUGCCUCACCGCCCCCCAGGGAUGCCCCUGAGCCGGCGGCUCUCUGUGCCUCGCGGCGGAGCUGGCCCCAGGCCCAGCUGGGCUCGCUGACACUGCCCAUGCCCAGGAAGGCGUGCAUGAGCACCGCCAUCCAGACCUCUCCCAGCCUCCAGAAGCCCUUCCCGGCCUCCCAGCCCCGCAGCAAGAGCAUCUGUGAUGUGGCUGGGGACGCGGUGCUGGCUGCCACUGUGGGGAGCACCUGGUGCCCAGGGGGGGCCGUGCCCACCGGCGCCAGCCGGGCUGUGCCCCCGCAGGUGCCGGGCAGCCUCCCCGUGCAUGAUCGUGACGCAGCCCCCGCCCAGCAAGCCACGGUGUGCCGUGUGCCACCGCCACCGCCCAGGGAUCCCUGUCCCCCUUACCCUGGCACAGCCAGGUGCCCCGCUGCCUGCUGCAACUCCCCGGCUCAGAGCUGCGCCCCUGAGCCCUGCCUGCCACCUCCUGCCUGCGCCCGACUCCGCGGGAAGCCCAGGGACGGCCGUGGGGUCCCCCUGCGCCCGGCCUCCAUGCCCUGCGGUCAGCCCCAGCUGCCUGCCGAGCCACAGGGGCUCGGCCGGAGCGACUCGGAGUGGAGCCUGCUCCGUGGGCGCCCACCGCCCCACCUCCGCCAGCCAGCUCAGGGCAACCCCCCACGGGACCCCCCACCACCCCAGCACCAGCUUUGCGGCGUGCCCUGGGGGGGACCCUGCUGCACCUCGCCAGCCCCCAUCCCACCCGUGUUGGGCUGGCAUGGGUCUGCCACCACCGCACCAGAGAAGACACCAGCUGCGCGCGGCCAUCCGGACCCCCGUGGCAUCUGCAGCCGGCUGCGCGCCGCUGAGCCUGGGCAUGGCGGGGCAGGACUGGAGGGGCCCGGGGAGCCGCUGCCCCCGGCCCUGCAGGGCCCCGGUGUGGGGACGCAGCCAGCGGGGCAGGCACCGGAGGUCCCCCGGCAUGGGCAGCCCUGCCUCACCGCUGAGCAGUCAGAGACACUGCGCCACGUCCAGGACCUUCUGCAGCUGGUGGUGGUGGCCAAGGGGCCGGUGGGACCACCAACGGGGGACGAGGACACCCAGACAUCUCAGGGAGAGGGCCCCCGGGGGCCCGGGGAGCAGGGGGACCUGAAGUCCCAGCUGCAGUCCCUGGAAGGGGUGCUGGAGACCAGCCAACAAACCAUCCGGGUGCUGCUGGACGUCAUCCAGGACCUGGAGAAGAAGGAGGCCCAGCGGGACGGGCGACACUCGUACCGGACAGGGCAAGACAUCGCCAACUGUGGGACCUGCCGGGACUGUGCCUGCAUCAUCUACAGCGUGGAGCACGAUUUCCGGCAGCAGGAGGGCCGCUUCCAGCGGGUGCUGAGCCAUAUCGAGGGCGACACAAUGCCGAGCUCCCCCACGGCAGCGGCGGCGGGGACCGUCCUGCCGCCCAGGCAAGAGCUGUCGCCGGUGACAAAGCUGCCUGCGAAGCUGGACGCGAAGAAAUCCAGGCGCAAAUGCUUCUGGUUCCUGUGA